GCAGCGGCCACCACGCGAUCCAAACUGUUUCCAAAAAACAGACACGCGCUUCAAAAACUCUCUCUCUCUCUCUCUCUCAACUCUGCUUUUUAACUCUUUCAGUUAUUCGUGUUUACUCGGUUUCAUCUUCCUCCUUUUCGUCUCUUUCUAACCAACUAUUCCCAUGAGGUGGUAGCGAUGCUGCAGUGUUACCGUGAGUGACCGUGAUACAGUGCAGCGAGUGUGUUUGCGACGCGAAUUUCCCCGGAUCCGGUGCUACUCACUCGAUUUUAUUCUCUCUUAAAAGGAAAUGGAAAUUUUUCAGAUUCUCUGAGAAUUUAGUCGGAAGAAUUUGUUGCGGGAUGGACCAAGACGACACUGAACCAUCACGUGGUCAGUGGAACAACCGAUUGUGCGAUACGUGUCCAAUCGAAUGAAUUGUGCGCAUCAUUGGAUUCGGCAUGAAGACCAGGAAGAGAAUGGAACCUUCGAGAUCUACGUGGGAUCGUGUAUCCGCGAAGUUUCAGAUGUUAAUGUGAUAAAAAUACUGAAUUAUCGAGAUUAGAACAUCAAAAGGUAAUGCGAGUUGAAAUAAAAAUGAAAAGUAUGAGGAAAAACGAUGAGUUUUGAAAGCGCGGAUGUCGCAAUCAUCUCUGAUCCGCGAAUAAUCUAACGACAGGCAGUGGUGAAGGAGUGAAUGGACCAAAGUCGGCUAGAGAAACUUGGACUGUUAUAGUCGUGGGAGGAAAUAGACGCUUCGUCGAGGGCUUCAUCCUCGAAUCGAAGGGGUUCGAUGAGCAACGCUGUCGGUGAAGUAAGAGCCCUCCAGCAAAUGAUGCAUCAGGCGGGUACCGGGAGCGGCGGUGGUAGCGGAAGUCUGUCCGAGGACGUAGACAUGGCGGCUUCGUCAAGUCUGAAGCCGCGCAGUGGAAAAAUAAGUUUUAGCGUUGAUUCGUUGCUCAGCAGUACGAAAAAAUCGCCGGUGAGCUUCGCUCGAAAAGCCGCCGCAGCGGCGGCCGCCGAUAACGAUUGCACCAAUAAUUCGGAUCACGCGGACAGAAUAAUGCUCGACACGUCGGAUAAGAACUGUGCGGGUCUCGAGAUGGAAGUUAGAUAUCGUGAGUUUAUAAUGGAACAGCAGAGAUUGCAGAGCAGAGAAUUAUUGGCAAGGCUGAGUCCUCACGGUCUCGGCGUUUUUGCGGCUAGUCAUCACAUCCAUCAACAACACCAGCAGCAGAGCCCCACCGAGCGGGCCAAUCAAAACUCCCAAGAAAGAAACAACCCUCAUCAACAUCAGGAGCUGAUAACGGUCAAGGAUUUUUCAAGAUCAACGGGAAACAACGACAAGUCUUCGUCCCCGAUAAAAAUGGAUAUGGAGAGAGAACGGGACCAGCAGAGACAGGAGGAACGACUGACGGCUGACAACUCACCGAUGAUCGUUAGACUGAAGGAGCUUCGUUUGAAGGAGCGUCAACAGAGCCAGAAUCAUCAUCAUCAUCAUCAGCAGCAGCAGCAACAGGAGGAGGAUAGAAUCGGUCAGAAUCGCUCAGUAUCACCCAUCCGUCGGGAAUUCGACGACAGAAGCGAUUCCGAAGCGAACAGAUCCCUCGAGGGCGAUGUUUGCACGUCAAACGAUCAUCUUGACGACGAUCAGGACGUGAGAAGCAUCAGCCAAUCGGAGGAUCUAAACGUAAUGGACUCGGACUGCGAGCUCGAGAGGGAACACGACUCGUCGUCACAAGAGAAGGAGAAAUCCAGUCCGGUAGUGCCUCAACCGAUUCAUCCGGGAGUUCAAAGGCCCACUGGGCCUUACCUCGGUGGUCCAGGUGGUGCGGGAUGGAAUCCUGCAGGUUUCCCGCAUUCCUUGGCAGGUUUUGCGUGGUUACCGCCACCUCCUCAUCCGCACAAUCCGCAUGGACAUCUCUACACCCCACACGGUGGACCAACUAGUCCCAACGGUGAUCUUCGACUUCCAGGCCCAGGCUCCGGACCUGUGAGAUGCACUCUGAGAAAACACAAACCCAAUCGUAAACCCCGAACGCCUUUCACCACCCAACAGCUGCUGUCCCUCGAGAAGAAAUUUCGGGAAAAGCAGUAUCUCACGAUAGCUGAGAGAGCGGAGUUUUCGUCAUCGCUUCAUCUCACGGAAACGCAGGUAAAAAUAUGGUUUCAAAAUCGACGAGCAAAAGCGAAAAGACUUCAAGAAGCGGAGAUAGAAAAGCUGCGGCUUUCGGCAAGGCCGCUUUUGCAUCCGAGCUUUGGUACGGGUCUGAUGUUUUCGGGAGUGGGACCACCAGGUACACCAGGAGUGCCUCCUUUCAUAGCGGCAGCGAUGGCGAGGCACACCCACGCGGCAGCGACAGCGGCCAUGUUUAUGGGCCCACCGGGACAUCGGCCUUAGGAUCGAGAUCGUCGAGGUUGUUUGAAGGAAAAGAAGCGAGCGCCAGUGAACCAGUAGGAGGAAAAAGCGUAUUGGGAAUCCCCGUGAAACUUGUGAAAAGCUUCAGAGCUUUGGAGAACCUUCACGGUCGAUCAUCCGGCGAUCGACAAACAAAUAAUCCGCGCAAAGCUCGGAUACGUUCUCAAGAAAACCACUUGUGAACUUGAUCUCAAAUUCAAGACGUAUUUUCAUUGUAAAUAAUGUAAAUACAAUUAUAAUGACGAUAAUUAAUGCAGGAGCAGACGCUGAAACGUUGGAAAAAAACGAUAAACGAAACGGUGAAGUGAUUCUAUCGACGAUUAUCAACAAUUCGUAGAAAAAUAAAGAAUUUCAAUUAUUUGUCAGAUGUAAAUUUUAAAAAACCCUUCGACAUUGAAUUGGUCUUUGAAUUUUCAUCGAUAGAGCAGGAUUCAAUGCUGCUGAAACCGAUUUUUUUAUCAGCUCGAAAUCAACAGGCGCGUUAAAAGUUUGCGUUGUUCUCAUAAUAUUUCAUUAAAUCUGUUAUUUUCAAAGUCGAAAAAGCAAUGACAUACGACUUAUCGAACAUCACUUUACUGUCUGUUCUAAGACGAAGAAAAGGGGGUAAAAAUGUUGUACCUCGAUACCUGUAAUAUAAUUUAUAAGAAAGAAAAAACAAUACAGCAUCCACAAGAGAUGAAACGAUGUAAAUAGUUAGACGUUCGACAAAUGAAAGAAGAAUAAAAAUAAACGAGAAUAAACUGUU